AUGAAGAACCUGGACCACACCAGGCAGGUUCCAGAUACUGGUCUGGAGAAGCUUAAAGCCAGAUGUGAUGUUCAGGGUGUGUGGUCGACGCUUCCCGUCAACGAGAAGAAGCUGAACGCAGCUUUCCGCUCGGCGCGCAGCGUCGUCCUCGUCUUCUCUGUGAGGGAGAGCGGAAAGUUCCAAGGCUUCGCCCGGUUGGCGUCCGAGUCUCAGCACGGCGGCUCUCCCAUCCACUGGGUGCUCCCUGCCGGCAUGAACGCCAAGAUGCUGGGCGGCGUCUUUAAGAUCGACUGGCUCUGCAGGAGAGACCUCCCCUUCACCAAGACCGCUCACCUAUCCAACCCCUGGAACGAGCACAAGCCCGUCAAGAUCGGACGAGACGGACAGGAGAUCCAGCCGGACAUCGGCGGCCAGCUCUGUGCCCUCUUCCCAUUGGACGAGAGCGUGGACAUCCACCAGGUGGCUCGCCGAGUUCGUCACAAGCGCCGGACGCCGUCGGAGCCGCGGCCCCGUGGCCGCCCGCCACAGCGUGAGCCGGGAAGGCGUCGUCCUGAAGAGUACGACCUCCACGGCAGGAAGCGGCCGCGGGCCGACGGGGCACCAGACUUCAACCAGAGAGCAGGCUUCAUCCAGGACCUUCGGAACCAGCCGGUGGACAGACGAUUCUCCGGCGUGAGACGAGAUGUUUUUCUCAACGGGUCGUAUAACGACUACAUGCGGGACUACCACCACAGCGUCGGCCCCCCCGCCCCUUGGCAGACUCUGGCAGCGUACCCGGGUGUGGAGCAGCCUCCCCCCCACCACCCCCCCUACUACCACCACAGCCACCCUCCGCCCCCCCCACACCAGGCCUACCACCACCACCACCACCACCCCCCGCUGCCGCCACACGAGGCUCCGCCCCCUCGCUUCAGAGACAAGCAGCGGGCACCGCCCCACCGCGCCUUCGCCUCCAGCCCCCACGACUACGACAUGCGCGUGGACGACUUCCUGCGGCGGACGCAGGCCGUGGUGAGCAGCCGGCGGGAGCGCGAGCGGCAGCGUGAGCGCGAGCGAGGCGGGCCGCGCCGCGAGAGAGAGAGGGAGCGAGGGAGAGAGAGAGAGAGAGAGCGAGACCGGGACAAGGAGCGGGGCCGCUACCGCCGCUGAGCCGGGCUCUUAUUCUGACACCGCCCGGGCUUUUAUUCUGACACUCAGCUGGCUUCCUGUUUGUUUUUUGAGAAUUAUGAAUAAAAACAAAACGAGCUGCGUGAUGACAUAAAUUUUUUUGUGAAUAAAACAGUAAAAAUAAAGAUUCUGUGGAAACGUU